AUGCCAUAUUGUAAUAGCAAUAAUAAUUCCUUUUUUUCACAUGAGCAGGUAGAAGCUAUAAUUCAGGAAAACAAACAGUUAAUAUAUGGUAUUAACUCAUUUAAAAAAAAUGAUGGACAAGAAGAUUUUUUAAGAGCGUUGCUUUCAAGACUACAGAAAAACCUGUUCUUACUUGCUCAUUUAAGCAACCAACCUAAAGCUCCGAACCACCUAACGGUUAAUGAUCUUCUAAGGCCCAUAUUUUCCUGCGAUUAUUCGACAGAAAAUAAAAGGGCAACUCUUCAACAAACAAUUUCUAAUAGAACACCAAUAGUAGCUUUAAAUUCACCUACAUUAUCAUCAAACACAACUCAGCCCCUCUACUUUGAAACUAGUAAUGUAGAUUUCAGGAUAAACGACCAAAAGAUUACUGAACAGCAAAAUUUACAAUCGUGUGAAAAUCCAAAUAAUAUUUCGAAUCCCCAAUUUUCAAAAUUGUGUUACGAGUCGAUUGGACCAAUUUCUUCAGAAUUUGAUCAUCAAGACAGCAUAGGAAUACCAAUUGGAAAUUCUUCAUCAAACUCUAACUAUAUCCAAAAUCAGAAUAAUGAACACUUCAUAUGCAGAUAUUGCCAAAGAAAAUGUAGAAAUCAAAGUGGACUAACGCAACAUACAAUGAAAGUACAUCCUGAUGCACCUGAAGUGCAACAUCUUUUAAAACAAGCACAAUCAAGAUCAAAUCCUAACCCUCUUUCUAUAAUUAAUGUUAGCUCAUCAACAUACUAA